AGCUCUAAUACGUCUGUAAUCUUGCUACCUCCAUUGUGGAAGCUGCCCAUCCCACAUCCAUUAGUGAAACUUAUGGGAGAGCUCCAGAGGUCAUGCUCACGGACUGUGGCGGAGAAAGUUAGUGAACAGUGCCAGCUGGCAUGCCACUGUAGAAGAUACCCUCCACUUCCACCGCCGCCGCCUCCACCGCCGCCCCCGCGGCUACUGGGCACCACAGUGGAAAAGCCCAAGGUGCAAUUGUGGAGGCCGUGGUGGAUGGAGAUGGACAUCGUAGUUCUCGGAACGGUGGGCUGUGCCUCACUUAUCUUCCUCCUCUCAGCUAUCAUCAUCUGCUACAAAGCUAUCAAGAGGAAACCACUCCGAAAAGAAGAGAACGGGACAAGUCGUGGGGAGUAUGCCAUGAGCAUCCGUAACAAGAAGGCCAUGGGUACAAACAACACUGUGGUAUAGACUGUCCUGGUAAACAUGAAGUGACAUCACCAUUGUCGCUCACCUUAUCCUGACUACAACAGUUCCCUCUCACCUUGAAUGAAUGCGAGUGGGUUUCACCCCAGGUUUUCAGAUUGGUAAAACUUCCCUCUUUGCCUGGCACGUUGCCCGGACUGAAGACACCAUUCACCUCGAGAAAAGCUAAAAAGAUCGACGGGGGGAAAAAAAUCAAGACAGAAAGGACACAGAGAAAGAUCCACAACCCCCCACGGUGUCGAAAGUGGCACAGCAAGCUGAACAUUAUGCUCUUAGUAACAGCAAGUGUUGCUGACAGGCUGGUUGGCUGCCGGCUGGAGAGGGACUGUCUGCCAGUCUGCUGCAGAUCCAGACCUCACGCACUGUUGACAUCUGCAAUGGAACAACAGACAAUACAGCAGCCCUGCAGUCCCACGGGCAGCCAGACAAGACAGCCCAUCACACACAACAAAUAACAUGCAUGCAGUUUUUACAGAGAAUGCAACAUUUUUUUAUAUUCCAACCCUCGCACUGUCCAUUUUUUUCCCCUCCAUUUUUGAGACAGAUGCUUUGUGAGAAACACGAUGUUGCUGCCGGUCCUGGCUCUGAGAUGUGGAUUCCUCUGACUAUGCAAUUUAAAGAAAUCCAUAUAAACAAAGGAGGAGCAGAAACAUCAACAUGGGACCUUCUGGUUAUUUCGCCAUGCCAAAACAGGCUACAGAAGGCUCAAUGUAAUAUAUAUAUAUUUCAGUCAUCCGUGUAUUUAUUUCCUCUAUUUAUUUACUUGUCUAUCUUUGAAUUUAUUUUUCUACUUAAAAGGGAAAAACAACGGUCUUGUAAGUUACUCACAUCUUUUCAAAUCUCGAACAUCUUGACGAAUUCAUCUUAUUUCAUGAGAGCUCUGUUUUCUAAGUGAAUAAUUUAUAGAUCAUAUAAUUCAUUUGUGAUGCACCAAUGCUUUAAGCCGGCUGUCGGUUUGUUGAGACACUGAUGCAGAAAACGCGCUUGCUCUGCAAAGAGUUUUGGUAUCAGUUGUUUUGUCUCUGGGUGUUUGAUAUCCUCUUCUGUUUCCCUGAGACUUCAGCUAAAAAAAGUCAGGGGCCUCCAUUAUGUCCUAUGUGAUCUUUGUGAAUGUGUGUUACCCGAACAAUACUCCUGUCCUGCAUCACACGCCAGUCCCGACUUUCCGAUUUGUUCGCUCAGUGCAAGCACCUCUACAAGUUAAACCUGCUCUCCCUGUCGUCCAGUUAAAUCUUGUUGUCCAAUGGUCAGCUGGAUGCCUUCCGCCGUGUUUUGUCUGGACGUGACAAUCUUCAUUUUUCUAUCUGUCAAGAAGGGCUUAGCCCAUCACCAUAGAAACAGGGGACAUGAGCCCAGAGCUGACCUUGUGACUGGCGAGAGACAGGAGACUUAGCCAAUAGCCAGAGAUCAGGUUGCACAGAGGAUGGCCUCAUCAAGGAUGUGUGUGACUCAGUGCUGUCACAGGCAUCCUUCUCAUCCCCGCUGGAAAAACACAACUGAGCUGAACUGGAGCAUCACUCAACGCUGCUCUGCUUUCUUUUCUUUUUUUUUCUUUAAUACACUAAAUCUGCGUGUGUCUGUGCGGGCAUGCAUGUGCGCGUGUAUGAGUGUGUGUGUGUGUGUCUGUCUGUGAGCGUGCAUGCAGAUGAGUGUACUCAGUGAGAGUGGGCUGUACUCUGUGGCUGUCAGUUAAGUAUAGAUAUUGGCUAAACUGUGGAAAAUAUAGGGGGAUUUUUAAAAAAAACCACAUACUUGCAUUUAAAAAUGCACAGGUAUUAGCUAACAGUAAACCCCACCAUGUACCUAUAUGAGAGAAAUGAUGGAUGCAUGAAUGUAAAUAUUGAUAUUUAAAUAUCUGCCUUCUGGACUGUUAAUUCAUGUACAGUGUAACAGAACAUAUGUUUAUACAUAGUAAAAGUUUAAAAAAAAUGUGCUACCACUUAGAAUUAUGUCAGUGUUGUCAUGUUGAUGGAGCAAGCCAUUAAUGUAUAUAUGGCAAUCAAUAGAGCAUACACAAUUUAUGCAUUAUACCAAACAGAUAACGAAAUGUGCAUAAGUUGAUUUCAUUGCUGAGUUUUUCAGUUGUAAAU